AUAGUCUAUAGUGUCUAUACUCUAUAAGACGUAUAUUUGUCUAUGAUCAAACCGGUAACAUAUUAUAUACCGGACUGCAUGCCUGCCUGCAUAGUACAUUUUAUUAUAUAAGUAUCAACUAUCAGUGUCCAGUCUAAAGUACGAAGUACGCGGUCGCCAGCUCAUAGUUUUACGUUUGACUUUGAAAGAUAAUAAAUCAUUGAUUGUAGUCUACUUAUAGAUUAAUUUCAUUUUUUUACGUUCAGUUCGUAAGAAGUGAUUUUUCUUGUAGUUUUUUUAGUUUUUCGAAUUAUUAAACGUUUUAAUACCUACAUUUUUAUAUAUUAUUCUUCAAAAUGGCAAUUUUUAUAAGAUCGUCAAUGUCUAAAUCAAAAAUGAUUUUUUCUCUGUCGAAAAUUAUUACACCUGUGACUUCAAUGAAACUAUCCACAUGUAACUUAGAGUAUAUUAUUACUGAAAAAGUUGGCGAGAAAAAAAAUGUUGGUCUUGUCAAACUCAAUAGACCUAAAGCUUUGAAUGCUUUAUGUGAUGGUUUGGUCACAGAAUUGACUGAAGCUGUGUCUGCUUAUGAUGCCGACGAUUCAGUUGGAGCUAUUGUGGUUACCGGUAGUGAACGUGCAUUUGCAGCUGGUGCUGAUAUUAAAGAAAUGCUUGACAAGACUUAUUCAACUAAUCUAAAAAUUGGUUUACUCAAACAAUGGGACAAUCUGAGUAAAUGCAAGAAACCAGUUAUUGCUGCUGUAAAUGGUUUUGCUCUGGGUGGUGGAUGUGAAUUAGCAAUGAUGUGCGAUAUAAUCUAUGCUGGAGAAAAAGCUAAAUUUGGCCAACCUGAGAUUGUGAUUGGAACCAUUCCUGGAGCUGGUGGUACUCAGCGUAUGAUACGUUCUUGUGGUAAAAGCUUUGCAAUGGAAGUAUGUUUAUCUGGAAACCAGAUUUCUGCUCAGGAAGCAUUAUCUAGAGGAUUAGUUAGUAAGGUGUUCCCACCAGAAAAGUUAGUUGACGAAGCUAUUAAAUUAGCUGAGAAAAUUAGUGAACAUUCACCUCUAAUUGUUGCGUUGUGUAAAGAAUCUGUAAAUUACGCAUAUGAAUCAAGUUUAAGUCAAGGUUUACAAUUUGAGAAGAAGUCAUUCUAUGGAACUUUUGCAACAGAUGACCGAAAGGAAGGAAUGACUGCAUUCGUUGAAAAAAGAAAACCAAACUUUUCUAAUAAUUAAUAAUAAAUGUAAUUCCAUUGUAUAGUUUUGUGUACAAUUGUUGUUUACAUUUAAAUUUUAAUAUAUUGUUAAUUUUUUAUACAAAAUAUAUUUACUAUCUUUGUUCAA